AUGGAGAGCGGCGCAUUCAACCUCUUCUUCACGCACCCCCUCUCUCAACACCCAGUCGUGACCAUCAUAUCGAAACGUCAACACAAUACGGAUGACGCUCUGUCCGCGAGCCACGCCACCGACUCACGCUCUCGUUCCACGAACACGAUGGCGAAGCAAUGUCAGAAUGACGGAAACGCGGCCCUGCCAAAAGCGAAGCGACCCAAACUUUCGGCCAUAAUAUGCGCCGGCGCGAAGGCCGUGGCCACCAAAACUACCUCAGCGUUGCUGAAGUUACCGAGCGAACUUCUGAACUCGAUCUACGAAUACGUCUUGACAAGUGAAGAUGAUCUCCUAGAGCACGUCGUUGUUCCAGAAGCUUCCAGCAGCGCUUCACCAAACGAUCAAACCUGGAGCGUUCCCGCGGCUGAAUCACCGUCCACUAGCGAGAAAUCUUGCCGUUUUACAUCAUCUGAGCAGCAUGGCAAUGGCGGGCCUGCUCUCGAAGUCAGCAACCGCUCAAACACCCUCAACAAUGCGUCCGACACUAUCUUUGCCCACUACUUGCAAAAGGACGGCUCUGAAUUCAAUCAGCUCAAAUACGUUUGUAAGAAGCUUUGGCGCGAGACGUGCCGGAUAGAAUUGAAGUACAACGGCGUACUGUUUACAGACGAAGCUGGUGUGGGCGUCGUUCAAGUCGAGCAAUUCUUUGCCGCAUGCGCUCCGUCACAACGCCGAUGGCUAAAGAAGGUCACCAUAUUGAGCGGGCGCGAUGUGGAUCUCGAAGAGCACCUCUUCCAGACUCUAGAAACUCCGGUAAACUUCAACCUGAUCCUCUUUAUGCCCUAUCAAGAGUAUGUGCGGCUCGACGCCUUCUGCUUCCAUCAUCUUUGGAUGAGUAUCGAAUUCGUCAUCAAUCCGUACCGGUUCGUCAACGGAAGUCACAACAGAAGUCAAGACGAAUAUGGGCCAAUCAGGUCGACGCCACUUGUUUACGGUAUGAUUAUACACUAUGCUCUACGCAAUACGAUCCCCCUAGGGUUGGAUUUCAUCAGUCCCGUGGCGCAGACAUAUCUAGAAAUGCUGGGGUGGCCGCAAGAUAACGCAAGGCCUCUUCUACAAGCCCCAAACCUUAGGAUCUACCCACAGAACUUGGUCCGCGGUAUUGGGAUCGGCGUGCUUUUGGAGCAUUUCGAGAGGUACAAAACCCACGGAGACGAUGAAAAGAAGCUUCUGGCCCUAUUCCAUAAGUCGUUGACGCAAGGCAUAUAG